CAGGAGGUGAAAACUCUCACUGCUCCCUCACCUUCUUGUCUUUCUGUUUUUUAUUUUUCUUUUUAACCGACACAUCAGGAUGCAUCACAGGAUUACAGGAACGGUUUGUGACAAGUCUGCAGGCGUCCUGUAAGCGACUGACCCAGCUGGUGCCGCCGAGCGUUUGCUGAAAGGAGCGGGAGGGGGAACCAUGAUUGACCUGAGCCACCUGACGGAGGAGGAGCAGGGGAUGAUUAUGACGGUGCUGAGGAGGGACAUCGAACUGAAGAAGGCAGAGGAGGAGAGAAUCAGCAAACUGGAGAAAAUGCUGAACAGCGGCUCACAGUCGGACACCAAGCGGAAGUACCUGACCGGAGAGUGGUUUUACGAGGCCAAGUCUCGCAGGCACAUGGACAAGAUCCACGGCUCGGAAAUCAUCCUGGCCUCCAUGAAACAGAAGAAAGCAGCUUUAGACGGCUCUCUUAGAAUAGAAAGGUCCAAGACGCCCAGCAGUCGAGGUUCAGACGUCGUCGGUCCACCAAAACCUGCCAGAUGUUUGGAAGCACUACAGCCACAGGAGAUCAAUGAUGCAGAAAAAGAGAAUCUCAAUUUAGGUCUCCACUCUCCAAGACCGCCAAGGCACAACCCUUUCAACCGUGCUUCCCUCAUUGUUGUUGAGCCACCGGAGAAUAAUGAUGACGUGUCAACCAGUCAGGACCGGGAGUCAUCUGAGACAGAGCUCCUACCCCCACUGAAGAGUCGCCCAGCAGGAGAGGCCAGUCAGACUUCAGGGGGCUCCGUCACGUCUGAGGCCUCCUCCGCAGGGUUCAGGCCAGUGCCAAAGAAGAGGACGUUUUUCUCAAGACAUACCUCCAUUCAGUCAGGAAGCAAUGGCCUGGGGUCAGAUGCUCAGGUUUCGUCUAAUUCCAGUCUGGAGCGAGAAAGAGAUCCAAUUUCUGUAGCAAGAGACAGACGAGCCACCUGCAGCAGGAGCGACGCGUCCACUGACAGAGAAACCCCACAGAAGAUCCAUGACCGAGAUAAUGAGACACAAAGAGAGCGUGCGGCAGUGAGCGCUGUCGUUCUGCACACCGGCAGUAUUCAGGAUGUGGACAGAGAAAACAGUGUGGGAACAGCGAGGCAGGCAGAGCUGAGUUUGCCUCAAAGCACUGUGGAUGCAGAUCCUCCAGUAGCUUAUGAUCUCAACGUCGUCGAUAAGUCUGAUCUGCAAACGCAGAAAAAACUGAAUCAGAAACACAUGUUUAAAUUAUCCACCCAGACCACCAGUCCCACUAGCGAUGAGGACGCCAUCGCAAAGGUGCUGGACUGGUUCAGCCGCAGCACAGACAGCAGUGAGUGGCUAGAUACAGAAGAUGGUCCAGAGGCAACGAAGAGCUCUGACAAACAUGUCGAAACCAGCAAAUUAAGAGGUGAAGAUUCAUUAAGUAGAGAUGCUGGGGAUAUUAUAAGUGAUAGACAGAAGGAAACUCUUGAAAUUGAGAGAAGUCACAGACAAAAGCAGACCAAUGGGGCUAAAGAAUUAAGAGUAAAAGACAGAAUCGGCAACAAGGAACUGAUCGAAGCACAAGAGGAGGCGAUGAAGGACACCGGAGAAAGGAUGAGGUCACAGGAAUUCGAAGAUAAUAAUGAUGUUAGCCAACCACCCCAAAUCUCACAUCUGAAGUCAUUCUGGGAGAAAAGCAACAUGGGCCCUAAAAUACUUAUCAGCAAAUCGAUCACGCCCAGCAGCAAAGGACAAAAACCUGCUAAUGAGGAGGAAUUGAACAAACCCUGCAGAGCGUCUGAUAUGCCCUCUGUGCCUGAAACAUACAAUGGGAGGGUUAGUUAUGACAAAUAUACCUUAAAUCAUGGGGAUGUGAGAGAAGAACAACUUGUAAUCAGUCCACAGAAGGAUACUGGAGACGUUCGCUUAAAUAGUAACCAGGAGAUUUACAAUUUGGUGAUGAACACUUCACCUCAAACAAACACAGAGUUUUUAAAGUUAACAGCCAAUCCCCAAGUAUUUGACAGAAGAGCUUCAGAGACUGAGAUUUUAAGUGUAACCAGACUUAGCCAACAGCCAAAGACAGCCAUCCAGUCCAGACUGAGUCUGGAGUCUGAGAGUCCCCCCUUAGGCAAACAUAAUCCACUACUCAGUAUCUCCCAAACUGGAGAAACCCCACUGCAAGAUGAUCUGUCCAAGACUGUUGCUGUGUCUCUGCUCAAUACAGACAGCCCAGACUCUGAGAAGUUCUACUUGUCCAGAAGCAGCCCAUAUAUGGACUCCAAGCAAGAUGGGAGUGAUACACAGAUCACCCCCAAAACACAAAUGCAUAGCGGUUCAAGUGAAGAUGUAAAGAGGAGGGACAAUGAGGACAAAAGCAUGCAAUCAAGCAUGUCUCCGAAACGAAAGGAAGAUCCGUCUAAUAAAGACAGAAUGAACAGUCCUCACUCAAACAGACAAGGUUUACCGCAUCAAGAAAGUACUGCAGAGAGAAUCAAGCAGCUCAGAUCUUUCUGGGAGCAGGAGAGGAACAAGCCCAUGUUUUACACCGGCAAACCUAAAGCUCUUGGGGAUGGUAAAGCCGCUCGUGGUGCAAGUCAGGCAAAACUGAAUAAAAGAUUUACCAAGUCAGAGUACGACCUGAGGUCAAUUGGAAAUUGCUCAGGCAGUGACGAGGAAGACUCUGGAAGAAGUUACCAAAAUUUUACUGUUCUUCCUUUGAAUCAGAGGCUAGACAAGCUGUCCCCUGGCCUGGGCACGAGCCGGACACAAUUUAACACUCUGCGUGAGUUCUGGGAUGAGGCGUCAUCAGAUGCCAAGGGGUCAUUUUCCUUCGACAAAUCCAAAAGUCCCAAAAGGAAAGAGCCAAUAAGCGCCCAGCUUCCAUCUCAGGAGGUAAAGUGUGGUGACCCUGAGAUUUGCCGCGAAAAAACAAGAUCAGCUGUCACGAAGUCAUCCCCACCUCCUCAGAAUCGAUCAAAGUCACCUCAUGAUAGACAGGCUGGGUCACGAGCAUCAAACGACAGCAAGAACAACCUGUCCAGUUUUUCCACAGCUGAGCAGCAGAGAGAGUCCAAAAGGAGCUCAAAAGACUCUAAUAGAGAGGAGAAAUCCACAAAACCGCCAAGCAGUUCAGGAAAAGAAAGUCGCUCUCCUAAAAGCAGAAAAGACAGCCUUGGCACUUCAAGCAGUCGCCUCAAUUCAAUGCGUCGCACCACCAGCAUGUUCGCUCUGAGUGCCCCCGAUGAAAAAGAUCAAAGCCUGCUGAAAAUGGAUGUAAGCCACGUCCACUCACCGAGCAGGAAGCAAAGGCAGAACGCUGAAAAAGGCUUCAUGCCGAGAAGAUCAUCAGAGGAAACUGAAACUCUGACUCCGCGUGCACGGGCUUGCGUUCCCAGAGACUACCGCCACUACCUGGGCAUGACGGACGAGACCAGCAUCCACACCUCCCUCGCCCCAACUCUUCGGGAUGAGGGAUCGGACGAGUUUGACCUGGGUGGGCCGGUGAGGGCCAGCACUCCAGUGAGCUCAGAGGAGCGUUACGGCAGGAAGAGCAACAAGACGAGUCAACGCCCCCCGUGGACAAACUACAGCAGUUCAGAUACAGGUCAGGAGUCAUCUGUGAGCAGCAUGUCAGAAAUCUGGUCCAACUCGAGGAACAGUUCAAACAUAGGAGGGAAUGACGAUGACAGCGAGAACCCUGUAUGGAAAGCAUUGAGGCGAGCAGAAGCCCGGCCUAAAAACCUGACUAAAAGUCUGGAGGACAUCACAGCAUCCUUAUCACCAAGACAAGAAAGAAGGCAAGACCCGACUGUUGACAUGAGACGCAUCAGUGAUGUUUCAUCCAUCCCGUCACCCUCCUCAUCCUUAUUUUUGGAUCCAGACCACCUGAAGAAGAUGAGCAAAUCGGUUCCUUCAUUCUUACAGAAGGAGGACAUUGGCAGAGACGCUGACUCCAACUGCGAGGACAGUUACCACAGAGGAAGACUAACGGCGGGCGACUCGCUGACUAACCUCAACAGCUCCUCUGGCAUGCUGUCUAUGUCUUCUCUCAGUGGAAGUGUGAUGACCAUGUACAGCGGGGACUUUGGGAACGUGGAGGUUCAGGGAAACAUCCAGUUCUCCAUCAACUACAUCCAGAAGCUCAGAGAGUUUCACAUCUUUGUGGCUUUAUGUCGAGACUUGGCUGCAGUCGACCCAAAGAGGGGCCGCUCAGAUCCAUAUGUCAAAAGCUACUUGGUUCCUGACAAAGCUAAUCUGGGAAAGAGGAAAACAUCUGUGAAAAAGAAGACGCUCAAUCCAACUUUCAACGAGAUCCUCAGGUAUCGUGUUCGCAUGGAAUACCUCAGAACCCAGACGCUCAUUCUCUCCGUCUGGCAUCACGACACCUUUGGCAGGAACAGUUUCCUGGGCGAGGUGGACGUGGAGCUCUCCAAGUGGGACUUUGACCACACCCAGCUGAACUACUUAGCCCUGAAAGCGAGGACUACACCCACUCUUGCACCAUCAAAUGGCCGAGGAGAGAUGAGACUAGCCAUACGUUUCUUGCCACAGAUCGUCCACAGCGAAGCUAAAGAGGGUCCAAACACUGGAGAGGUUCACAUUUGGGUGAAAGAAUGCAAGAAUCUGCCUCUAAUCAGGGCCGCCAUUGACCCAUAUGUUAAGUGCUUCGUGCUGCCAGACACGAGCAGGAAGAGUCGGCAGAAGACUCGCGUGCUGCGGAGGACAGCAGAUCCGGUGUUUAACCACACGAUGGUGUACGAUGGCAUCAGAGAGGCUGAUCUAGUAGAAGCCUGUGUGGAGCUCACCGUGUGGGACCGAGACAGGCUAGCCAGCAACCUGCUCGGAGGCCUGAGGCUUGGAGCAGGGACAGGCAGAAGUUAUGGAUCAGCGGUGGACUGGAUGGACUCAACUCCCUAUGAGGUGGUCCUCUGGGAGCGCAUGAAGGCCACCCCGAAUGAAUGGGUGGAGGACGUACUCCCAUUAAGAAUGCUGAACUCUGCCAAAACCGCUUUCAAAUAAGUAAACGUAUACCAACCAACUAUAGCGCAAAGACAGUAUAUUUCUGAGCGGUGAAUGAGCUGUUUUAAAGAUCCAGUGUACUGAUUUAAAUUCAAUCAGGAAAAGCCAUCCACGGAUUCGGAUUAUCUGAUUAAAAAUAAACACAUUGGAAUCAACCGUGUGGUUGUAAUUUUACAGCAACCUGUGGUGCCACCAGACAAAGUAAUUUCCAAGAAAGGGUAAUUUCUGUCAACCUCUCUGUUGAUUCUCCACAGGUGCUCGAGGAAAAUGGUAAAUAAUAUUAGAAAAACACCUCUGAAGAGCAAGUUGUGUAUAAGACUGGCACAACUGUGAGCUUUCAUUCGGGAAGGAUGCUGAUAUAUGCGUUGGCGGGACUGAGGUACACGGGGAAAUGCAAUCAAGAAACCAUACAGCAGUCACACUACAAUAAACCCCCAAUAGAAACAUUUAAAAAGUGACAUAUAACAAAGGUAACGAAAACACAGGCAAGUCUGGCAGAGCGUCUCUAGCUGGCUUGAAUACCAUGAAGAAACAAGACAUCACUGUGUUAAUACAUCUUGACUAUACAAUACAGACUACAUACAGUAUAUCUAAGGUCCACCAUUUUUUUUAUUUUAUUUUUUAGUAAUUUUCUAGUUGCCACCGAUGUGCAACAAUUCCCGAAAUAUCUCAUGAGCCAAAUUAUCAAGAUAUAACCUCAGUUAGCUUUAACAUUAGCUAACAUCAACAGUGCAAUGUGCUUUGCAUUGAAAUUUCAUUGAUGCUUAUUUAUUGAAGAUCCUUAUUCAGAUGUCGACAACAAUGAACAUUUUCAGGGUAAUCAGAGAUUUUACAUGAUCACAUGACAUUUUCUUUUAUAUUUAUGUUUCUUUUUUUGUCCCCCUGUCUUAGUAUUGGCUGUUAUCUUUCAUUGCAAUGGCCCUUUAAGAAACCUACCCUAUAUAUUCUAUCUAAUGUCACCUCAAACUAUCCAAACAACCUUUUACUCACGUGUUCUGAAAACAUCACUUCUCAGACUAACACUUAUUUUGACAGUAUUGUUAUACAUCUAAUUGAAUUUGACAGCACAUCUGACAUGUGAUCUGCACUUAAUUAUGUUAACCACAAGUGGGAUUAAAG